AUGAUUGGUAUGAUUUUCUGUUUUGUAUUUGAAGAUUGGUUGGAAGGAUGUGGACUUAGUUUGACUACUUGGCUUAUGUUUAUGUUAUCAAUUCUUAUUAAUGGUAGUUUUAUUGUGUUUAUCAAAUGGGGUAAGACUUUCCGUAGAAUGACUAUGGCAGCGACCGAUUCAUUAACUUCGAGUGUACAAAAUAAUGCUGCUUUGUCUGUUAGAGAUGAUAAUCUUGAUGAAAUCAGUGACCGUGAUACUCUUAGUAAUACUGCUGAAGAAACCCUUCCAAACACUGUUGGUACCGAAAACUUUGAUAGUGAAAGAAGUGGAGAUAUGGGAAGUGGAAAAGAAUCAUCUGGAAUUGAAUCAUUUGAAAUGGUAAACUCUGAAGAUAAUACAAUUAUGUAA